AUGGAACUGCCAGAGUCGCCCACACUAGCACGGCAUGUGCUUAACAAUGCGAACAUGCAAGCCAAGGUUGGUCUUGCCGACAAGUACAAAGCCAAACUGGCCGCGCGAAGAAGAGGGACAGGGACACAUCAGACCAAAGAUCGCCACUUUGCCAUUAAGGUUGCCGCUCAACCACCCUCUCCGGUAGCAGUGAGCCGGACUAGCCUGCAACCUUCUGACGUCAAGAACGACAAAUAUCUAGCAAAGGCAGCAGCUAGAAGAAGAGGCGCUGGAACACACAGAAUAAAGGAACGACCGUUUGCUAUAACCGCCGACUACAAAAACGCGCCAGCUUUAGCUGGUACCAAAACGCAUCAGCAAGAUGUACGCGAAGAUAUUGGGACAUCCGAUGAAAUAAUUGAUGUCCAGCGGGGGUCGACAUCUACCGAAACGGUGACAAGAGACUCUGCAUCAAGGACCACAAUCUCUCCCACACUGACAAGCUCACCCGAGCCUCGACAAACAGUUCCUGCUUGCCGGAAGUCUGACACUCCUAAACAACCCCGCCAAAUAUCAGACACCUCGCCAACGCGCCGCCGUGAUCCACUGACACCAGUAGUCGAAUUGAGCAAUAUCCUGCCCCUGGAUAAUAGUCCCGCCACAUCUCGCACCGGAUGCGAAUCUAUACAAGGGAAAGCGCUUCCGCACUCCAAAGCGACCAAAGCUAUCAAGAAGAAGUCAAAGCCCAAAUAUAUCCCACCAAAAUUAUUGGAACAACCCAUGGCACAGGCAUCGCCGCGUGUGCGGACAAGAGCUGCGUGUCGACGAAAAGGCAUCAAGCCCAUAGUCAAAAUCAUUUGGGGUGGACCCACCGUAACCAGUUUUGAGCGAGUUACAAAAGCAGGCGUUGACUCAGCUACCCCCAACGCAGACGAUGCAACCGACAAACCUGGUUAGACCGGUAAAUCGCUUAUCACUUUACACAACCCUUUGGCAGUUACAUCCUGUGGACGUAAUCUACGACAGAGGAGAACUUUAUAGAUGCGAUCGUUUGAUAUUUUCUUUCUACAUGUUAGACUGGAGCAUAUUUUCCAAAAUCUGGAUUCCUGUACAUACUCUACAUCAAUGAACAUUGUUCAUAGACCAUACUGUGGUCCGGGAGACACGA